AAGAGCGGGUUAGAAAGACAGUGAGGCCAAGGAAUUAGGCCGUCCGUACACAAAUCUCAAUCUAAGAGCGAUUUACCUGUAGAACAGAUUCUUCCUCAGCCAAUGGAGUCGUCGACGACGCCGACGACGACAACGACGACAACAAAUCCGCCGUUCUUUGUCCAUUGUUACAGCAAUCUUCUUUUCGUCUCUUCGCAUUCUCUAACAUAAAUCCUCCUUUCUUCUCUUUUUCUCUGCCAAUCUCCUUCGGUUUACCUCAAUGUCCUCCGCCGCCGUCGAUAAGUCCUUCUUCUGCCACCAGUGUGAUCGCGACGUUACUGUUGCUGUAUCCAAUUCCUUGGAGCCUUUGUGCCCGUUUUGCAAUGAGGGAUUUCUUGAAGAGUAUGAUACUUUCAGCUCGAAUGCCAAUCUUGAUUCUAGGUCAUUUUUCCUUCCCGAUCCUUUUCGUGAUUUUAAUCCCCUUGCUUUCUCUUCUUCGACGGUCGUUGAUCUUCAGAACCCUGGUUUAUUCUCAAGAACUUUGAGUCCGGCUUCACAGCUUUGGAAUAGGAAUCAAUCCGAUUCGUCAGGUCAGCCGGAGCCCUUCGAUCCCUUUGUUUUUCUUCAGAAUCAUUUACGGGGAAUUUUCGACAGUGGUGCGGAUGUUGUGUUUGAAAUUCAGGGUCAUCCUUCCCGCUCUGGCGUUUCAAUGCCUCAAAAUGUUGGCGAUUACUUCAUUGGACCUGGCCUCGAGCAGCUCAUUCAAUUGUUGGCCGAGAAUGAUCCGAACCGACACGGAACUCCGCCGGCCUCGAAAUCGGCGAUUGAGAAGCUUCAGAACGUGACUGUUACAGAGGAUCUUUUGAAUUCGGAAAUGAACCAGUGUGCUGUUUGCUUAGAUGGGUUUGAAAAAGGUAUUGAGGUUAAGCAGAUGCCCUGCAAGCAUAUAUUUCACGAUUAUUGUCUUUUGCCUUGGCUUGAAUUGCACAAUUCAUGCCCUGUCUGCCGAUUUGAGUUGGCAACGGAUGAUUCUGAUUACGAGAAUCGAACUCGUGGUCGCCGGGUGCAGGCUAAUGAAUCUAACGGAGAAGAACCAGGGUCAGGAAACAGUGGAAGUAGUAGCGAGCGCGUUGAGAGGAGCUUUAGAGUACCGCUAUGGUGGCCAUUUGGGGGCCGGAACGAUGGGAGCGGCUCUGGUGGUGGGAAUGACAGUGAAGGAGAGGGUAGCCCGUAGGAUAAAUACUGAACAUGUUCCGAGAAAGUUAAUUUGUUCAAAUGCUUCAUUUAUCUCUUCUAUAGUGCCAGGCUCGUAUCACCUCUGCAAAUAAGACAUCUCACUCAUGAGGUAUGGCUUUUCCGCUUUAAUAUGAAGAAAACAUCUCCUCUACAUCUUUAGAAACAGCACGUUGCAUUAAAAUACAACUGUAUUUUCAUAGAUUCCUCUUGUGUCCAACUCAAGCUCUUUUAAAACAUUGUACUUUUGCUUUGACCCAAGAAGAGUGUGUGGCAAUAGAUAUAGUUUGGUCCUUCUUCUCGUUGGCUGAAAGGAAAAACGGCUCGAGAUAUUAGAAAGUUGCCUCUGACUGAGUCGUAGUAAGCCCAAGCUUUAGAUCGAUUUUUUAUUCUUAUUUUGCCUAGUUAGUCUUCUUAUUCUGAUGAAGAUGAAUGAGCUAUUAAUUUGAUUGAACUUGAAUGAACAUCAUAGUUCCCUUGUUGUUGAGUUGAUUCAAAAGCAUUUGUGCAAGUGGCUUACGCUUCAAAAGUCAAAAUGAAAUAUUAGUUUUUUCGCUCUCCUUUUGAGAAAGCUUGUGCCUUUACUAAUGCUAAAUUGUUCGAGUUUGUAACGUACCUGUCUAAGUUUUUCUUUCGAAGUUUCUGGUAUGUAUGUGGCUUUGCAAAGAUAAAAAGGAGCCCUCGCACAGUCAAUGUCUUGUGUUCCUGACAACAGUCUUGGCAACAUUUUAUAGGGGGUAUAAUUAGGUUGGUUCGGUUAAAUUCGGGUGGAGACCGAGUGAAUAACGUGUAACAGAAAGAGGAUGUGCAGGGAGAGGAAUGAAUUGUGAAUGUAAUUGGGGAAUGUUGUGAGUGGAGACUAUGUGAUUAGGACGUGGGCUUUAGUGAAUACAUGAGGAGUAAUAUAUGGACAUAGCUCUAGCAUAGUGUGGUAUCUUCCUGGUUAGAAAGGCUUGGCCUUUUAGUAGAGAUGGGUGCUCUCAAAUUCUCCCUUGGACUUGCAUCUCUCUGCUACCUAUAAGAACUGCUUUCUAUUAGAUUUUUAGACAUUGGCUUAGCACCAACCAAACCGAACCGAACCAACGACUUUAAACUUACUGAACUGAAUUGGUGCGGUCGGCUUUUUGGGGUUUUGGGUCUCUAUUUAUCUUAAUUUUUAAAUUUUGAGUUGCACCCAAGCAUUUUGGAUUACAUAAUAAAACUACUAAAUUGACCAAGAUCUGAGAAGCAUAGACGAGAAGAUAUUGAUGAUAAGACACAGACAGGGUGACAUUUUAUUUCCUAAAAAUUUAGAUAAUAUUUGUUAUUAACUAUGAUGUGGACAUUUAGUAUACAUGAUAAAAAGAGAUUGGUAUUUGUUAAAUCUUUCUAAACUCCAAUGCUUGUUCUGUGACUCAGAAUUUGAAGACAAUCCAAAAUUGAAUAAUUUUCUUCGUAGUUUGAAGUAAGUUCAAAAUAAUUCAUGCCGAGACGAUAUAAUUAGAGUUGUGUGUACAUGAAAAAUUGGGAGUUGUGGAGCUGGUGAUAGCUGGUGAUGGGAUUAAUUUGUAUGUGUGUAGGCGUGCGUGUUUUCGCUUGAAAUGCUCAGUCAUUUCCUUUUCUUAUAUGUCGAUCUUGCAUAUGAAACACGUACGUUAUGAUAUGAAUUUUCUUUUGUUUCUCCAUCACUAGUCUAUUGGGGAGUAUGGUAGAACAGGGUAUUUGGACAUGGGUUGUAUAUUAUAAGGUUUUUGACUGAUGGGUUAGGUUUAUGCAGGUUGAGGUUACUGAAUUGCUGUCUAUUUUUGGUAGAUAGGCUUCUUACUUGUUCUUUCGUUCAACAUGUGGAGGUAGAAAUUUGAACCUUUAAGCUUUUGGUCGAGCAUGUUUUAACUCGAUAGAGUUAUGUUUAAGUUACCCAUAAAAGGUAUAUAUCUAAGUUGCAUAAAUAUGAGUUCAUGAGAUGUAUCUUUUAUAAUGUUAUAUCCUGAUCUUUUGAAUUCCAAAUUCUUUGUCCACUGUAUAAACCAAACAUAAUGUUCAAAUUCGACAUCAAUCGUAACACAAGCGUCCCAUAUGGUGAUUAUCAACAUAAUCUAUAGUUUUGUGUUAAGAGUUGAUUAUGUGGAGAUUAUGACAUUAAUGAUAUGAACAUCCAUGAUUCUGGCAAUUCCUGACCAUUGUGUUUAAUCUCUUGUUUUCAGGCAAAGAGGCUUUAUUUUGAGGUUGUCUAACACGUUUAGAAGGAAUUUCAGCUCCAACAAACACAAAAACAAGUGUUUAUCUCUUCUCGUUUGUCAUUAUUUCUUCUACAUGGGAAGGACUAUCGACACAAAAGGAUGUCUUUGCCUUCAUUGCACGUUCUCGAUAAAGUUAAGAUCUCAUUGCAUAACUUUUUUAGUAAUCUAGUGGGCCUUAUAUCAUAUAAUUGCUUCGACUCACUUAUAUCUAAAGAAAUAUUGUUUAGCAUCCAAAUUAAGCGAUUAUUGUUUGCUCAUAUGUCUGGAAAUUAAAUUUUCUAAAUUUGUAUUUUAUAGUAAA